AUGACGACUGGAAUGGGUAUGUUGGCCACGGGAAACGCUAAGGCAAUCAUUGCUGGUGGUGUGGAACUUCUAUCAGAUGUUCCGAUUAGAUACAACCGAAAGGCGCGAAAAGCUAUGCUGAGCAUGCAGAAAGCGAAGGCGCUUGGCGACAAAGUGAAGCUUGGAACCGAAAUAGUGAAGAACAUGUUCAGCCCCGAACUACCAGCAGUAGCAGAGUAUUCUAGUGGAGAGACUAUGGGACACAGUGGGGAUCGACUUGCUGCAGCUUUCAAUGUUUCCAGGAGGUUAGUAAACUUGAUACUGUUCGUUAAUAGUGCUCAAUUUUUCUUUCGCGUUUUACUUGAUAUGCUUUCACAUUUUUUGAAAAAGCUCAGUAGUAGCCAUUGUAAGUAUUGA